UGUGUUAGUGCACGAUGCCGUGUAAGACCGCCUUCAAGCCACAAACCAGCUGAAGCCAAACCGAGCCGCCUAGCGGUGAAGCCCGCCCACUGAGACUCGAUAAGAGUGCAGCGUUGCCAGAUUGGGCCAUAUUUCUCGCCCGAUCUUGCAACCCUGAAAGAGACAGCAGACCCAAAAGAAGCCAGAGUCUCACGGAGCACCACGACACAGAGCCCCUUUUCCCAGAAGAUGGGUAGCUUCUGCCUCCUACGGACCCGGUUUCUCCUCCGCCCGUUCGUACCUUCCGCCGCCAUGCAGCGUACAUACAGCCUCGACGUGUCCCCCGAGCUGGUGCGGAACCAGGCGUACAUCGACGGCCGCUGGACCUCCGCCGCUGCUGACUUCCCCGUCCUGGACCCGGCCAGCGGGGCGCUGAUCGCCCGGGUGGCGGACUGCGGUCCCGCGGAGGCCAAGCAGGCCGUGGACGCGGCGUACAAGGCGUUCCACACCUGGAAGCAACAAACCGCGAAGGAGCGCAGCGACCUCCUGCGGCGGUGGUAUGAACUGAUGGUGAAGCACAAGGACGAGCUCGCCCGGAUCGUCACCUUUGAAUGCGGUAAGCCCCUCCCCGAGGCCCUGGGGGAGGUGGGCUACUCCGCCGGCUUCCUGGAGUGGUACUCGGAGGAGGCGAGGCGUUGCUACGGCGACGUCGUGCCCUCGCCGUUCCGCGACCGCAAGAUCCUCCUCCUUAAGCAGCCGGUGGGCGUGGCCUCCAUCAUCACGCCGUGGAACUUCCCCAGCGCCAUGAUCACCAGGAAGGUGGGGGCGGCGCUGGCGGCGGGCUGCACCGUGGUGGUGAAGCCGGCCGAGGACACGCCCCUCUCUGCCCUGGCACUGGCCCAGCUGGCGGACCAGGCGGGGAUCCCGGCGGGGGUGUUCAACGUAGUGCCCUGCUCCCGGGAGAAGACCCCCGCGGUGGGGGAGGUCCUCUGCACCGACCCCCUGGUGGCCAAGGUCUCCUUCACCGGCUCCACUGCCACCGGGAAGAUCCUGCUGAGGCACGCGGCCGACACGGUGAAGAAGGUCUCCAUGGAGCUGGGGGGCAACGCCCCCUUCAUCGUGUUCAACAGCGCCGACGUGGACAAGGCCGUGGCCGGCGCCAUGGGGUCAAAGUUCAGGAACACCGGCCAGACGUGCGUGUGCUCCAACCGCUUCCUGGUUCAGAGCGGGGUCCACGACGCCUUCGUGGAGAAGCUGGCCGUGGCCAUGGACGCCCAGCUGAGGAUGGGCCAUGGGGCCGAGCCCGGGGUGACCCAGGGCCCGCUCAUCAACGCCCGGGCCGCCGAGAAGGUGGUGCACCAGGUGGAGGACGCGGUGUCCCGGGGUGCCCGGGUCCUGAGGGGGGGGAAACGCGGGGAGGGGUCCUACAUGGAGCCCACCCUGUUGACGGGCGUUACCACGGAGAUGCUCUGCACCAAGGAGGAGACCUUCGGACCCCUGCUGCCAGUCAUCAGGUUCAACACAGAGAGGGAGGCGCUGGCUAUCGCUAACGCAACCGACGUGGGGCUAGCAGGCUACUUCUUCUCCCAGGACGUGAGUCAGAUCUGGCGCGUGGCCGAGGCCCUGGAGACGGGCAUGGUGGGGGUGAACGAGGGGCUGCUGUCCACCCCGGAGGCCGCCUUCGGGGGGGUGAAGCAGUCGGGCCUGGGCAGCGAGGGCUCCAAGUACGGCAUCCAGGAGUACCUCCACAUCAAGUACAUGUGCUUCGGCGGGCUGGAGGCCUGAGCGUCGCCGCGGCAACGGUCGGGGCCUCACCCGACGACCCGUUGCCAUGGAAGCAAGGGGGUCACGGAGCCUAGUGACCCCCCCCCCCCCCCCCCCUGACUGGAUCCUUAUCCACCUACGGGCUAUCUUGGUUCUAUGUGCUAGCUGGUUGGAGGUUGGAGCAUUCGGUUCCCCUCCAACCAGCUAGCGCUAAGAACCAAGAUUUCCGCUAGAUGGAUAAGGAACUUGUUCCGAUGAAAGGAAUUUAGUUUCCAACGUGCUCGUGGCGAAAAAAACAGAGCAGCUGAGAAUUAGACUCGUAAUCUUGAGUCCUCUGUUACAGGAGUCUGCAGGGUGAUAAAAUAAAAUAAUAAGCUGUGAUAAUAUUUGUGCACAAGUUCUUUGCCGCCCAAAAUUGAGUCCUAAUCUGUAUUCUUGUCGCAAAGAAAAAGAGAAAUAUUUUAGAAUUGAAUUGGAAAGAUGAUUGAGCUUUCUGGUAAUUGUUUCAUGAAAAGACUGUUUGUGUAGGUGCAUGAUUUACGUAUUAAACCUGAGGUCAAACUUUUCCCACAAGCUAAAAAAAACUAAUCGGUGUAUAGGUCCUUUAACAUCCGUCCUCAUGUUCUGUGUAGUUUAACUUUGACCUGACCAUGUGCCAAGAUAACACGAUAAUGCAGGUGACGAUAAUUAUUAAUAAAUCUAGUCUAAGAUUUACAGCCUAGAUGUCCUCAACCCUGUUUUUCUCUGAACUUGUUGAUUGUGUGUAUCAUGUUGUAUUGUUUUUAAUGUAGAUACAAUAUGUGACGUCAUAUAGACCCUACUGUGUAUUUCUAAUGUUUAGAAGAAUGGAAAUAAUUACAAUAAAUGUUUUGAUAUUUUUCA